UGGCCGAAGCUAGUUCACAUCAAAUGACGACAAGUCGACAAGUUCUUUAUGCACUAUCUUCAGUAGUGCGCAGUCGCCUUACCGCCUUUUUUACUUUGAACCAGUGAUUUUGUUAUCCUAAAAAAAUAUUUUGGAACUAUACAUUGGUUGUCCUCGUGAUUGAUGUGAAGAAAAGAAAGUCGAAAGCAUCUAUAUUUAACCUGUCAGAAAGCGAAGAAGACAAGACUUCGCCAAGCAAAACCUCCGUCUAAUUAGAAUUUUGUGCUCAUUUCUAUGGAAAUGCCUAAAGCUUCUACAUAAAUCUACGCGUGUUAUCAUUGUCCAAAAGUUGAAUCUCCAACAGCUUAAUCAAUGUCUCGAGGUGUAUCUUGUUGGUUGCUGGUAUCAUAAUGAUUUAAUUAAAAGCUAGUUCACACUUUUCAAUCGAUGGAACAAUAGAAAGCUGUUAACUUUUAAGGUUGAGGAGACGUCUCAUCGUAUCACACUGAUUCCCAAGACGUAUUACUAUCUUUUAGUAGGAAAAUUGUGGCUUUUAAUUCCGUCAUUAAAGAGCUGUUGCUUUGAAGAAUAAAAAGUACGCCCUAACAGUUAUAUAUGCAAAAUAUCUAUACGAUUUGUGGGCGGCUAAAAACGACACUGACAUUUUGACUAAAGUCUUAACAACAUACGGAGAAAAAUGAAGGAGAUUAAUAUUUUGAAGAAGAUGUUUUGGUUUCGUUGGGGACUAACAACAUUCCUCGCUCUGCUGGCGCUACAUGUCCUUUUCACAAUUUAUAAACAGCUUGGCCAAACGAGUGAAAUUUUGAACGAGCUUGCAGAAGCAGGGAUGAUUCCAAUUGGCUACGACGAAGAUAAGCUGGAUAAGUCAAAAUACUUCUUGUUACCGGACUAUGCCGGAUCAAGGAGGCAUGUAAACAAGUUUUCACUGAAAGGGCGAGGGCGUCGAGAAGCGAAUCCACAAUUCCGGUCGGGGCAAACUGACGAUGGGAAUUUUCGAACCCGACAGUCAGUUCGAGAAAGUGUUUUCUCUUAUGAAAGACAAUUUUACGAGGCUGACGAUCAAAACCAACCAAGGAACUUCAUCGAAACGGAUCCAUCACUUCGUACACAAAAGUCAAGAAAGCAUCGAGAUGGUGAAGGCGUAAAUAGGUUAGGACGUAUAAAAGACACUGAUAACAGCAACAAAAACAACAUCAGCAAGAAGAAAAAAAACGACGACAAUUCAAAAGGUGCUAAAGUGAUUAUUCUUGCAUACCGGCGAUCCGGCUCUUCGUUCGUCGGGGAAAUGUUCAACAGGAAUCCCCGGGUAUUUUACCUAUUCGAGCCGAUAUACCCUUUGCAAGACAUUGCCGGUCAGGGCAAAUUCCCGCUACUUUACGACAUGCUAGUUCGCCAUUUAUGGGAGGUGAUUUAUACAUGUUCCUUUGAAAAACAUCCGCUUGUAACGGAAUUCCUAUCUAGAUCGUCGUUCAGAUUGAAAAGCGAGGUUCUAACGAAUCCAAAUUUAUGCAAAAUUGACGCAAAGCGUCGUCUUACGAUGCUUGAGUGUAAACCAUUAAAUCGAACGAUUUUGAGCCGUUUAUGCAACUCGAAAGAACACAUAGUUGUGAAAAGCAUCAGAACAGGCACCAGGAAGACUUUUGAAUACUUUCCUAGCUCUUCACGAUCUUUCCAACUGAAUGCCAUCCAUCUUGUUCGAGACCCCAGGGCGAUUAUAAAUUCGAGACUUCACGUAUACAUUGGCGAAAAAUUAAACAAGGUUAAGGUCCCGAUACGCGACAAUCAAAAUCUUACGAACGCUUUGCGAAGGUCAGUGCGCAUCGCUUCGGCAAAUUUAUGCAGUCGAAUAGAAAGUGACCUGAAGUACGGGAAACAAGCAGGCUCGGAACAUUACAUGUUGCUACGAUACGAAGACGCCGCGAUGCGUCCGCUGGAAAUUUACAAGAAAAUCUCGCGGUUUGCCAGAAUCGAAGAGUCGGAGGUGGUCAGAGAGUGGUUGAAACGAAAUACGGAGUUUGCGUGGGACAGCGACGACGUAUAUUCGACGUCGCGAAAUUCUACGGCUUCGGUUAGCGAGUGGAGAAGGAAAUUUCCUUUCAAGUUGGUGAAUGAAGUGCAGGAUCAGUGCGCUGAGGUCAUGAGGAUCUUGGGUUACCUGCCCGCAUCAAGUGAAAAAGAAUUACUGAACAUAAGCGGGACUGAUCUUUUCUGAGCUAGACUAUGGAAUUUCUUUUGUCCCGGUACACUGUGAAAAUAUUGCUAGAGCGUUUAGGUUGAAACAUUAUAUAAAGAAUUCUAAUGAACGUGACAAAUUGUAUAAUGUGCCAUCCUAAUUAGCAUUCAUGGUACUUUACCACGUAUAAAGCCACCACAUGUGACCGGCUUAGGGUUGAUUUAAGCCCAGUUUACACUACACUCCAUUUUAUGGCACGGCACGGCUAAAAUUGGUACCCGUGCCUAAUUGGGCUACCAAAGUAUUCAGGCUAUCAAAACAAUGGCCGAGCACGGAUGAAAUGGGCACGGAACCCAUUUUAGCCGUACCGUGCCAAUAAAUCCUGUGUAGUGUAAACAGGGCUUUAAUGUUACAUUCAAUUUGUAGGCACGGCACGGCUAGCUAAAACGGGUACCCGUCUAAUUUCAUUCGUGCUCGCCUUUGUGUUGGGGGUAGCCUGAACACUGAUAAAACUGGGUAAGGGAACCAAUUUUAGCCGUGCCAUUAAAUAAGUGCAGUAUACUGAAUGGAGCUUGAAUCUUUCUCUUCAUAUGCACUAAUUGGGUAAUUUUUACUUGUAAAUCAGGUUAUUUUGAUGAAAUCAUUUACCUGCCUUCCCGUCCAUAUGCAUAUGGCAAUAGGUUGGUUCAAAUUAAUAUCAGCCUACAAUUUUGAAGAAAAAAGACAAAGACUGCAAUCCUGUAGAUCUUUGGAUUGUGUUUCAUGUUUUACUGUGUUUGUAGCCAUUUCAAGUUGAACCUGUAGCUCCACGCGGUUUUGUUAUUUGGACUGACUCAAUUU